AUGGGCACAGCGAGUCCCCUCAUCAUUUCGGAGCUCUACCCGAUGUAUGGGACGCAUGGCGUCCUCAGCUUGGCGAAGUUUUGGAACCUGCUAGGUUUCAUGGGGAAGUCCCCACCCACUGGCCUUGAAGAGGCUCGCUGCGCCGACCUCCGUUGCUAUGUGAUGCCGCACCAGCUGAGCGAUCUCCUGGAUGGCAACAUUUUUCUUUACAGGUCGGAGGACGCUUUGCCCUCCAGCCUGACCGAAGAGAAGAAGGCUUACUUAGAGGAGGAUGCGGUGUUUUCCCUCUUCCUCGAGCGUGAGCUGCAUCUGAAGCCCUUUAUCCGAUCGGCCGGCCGGUCAUAUUCCCUGCUGGCGGAGGGCCGUAGUGGAAUGUUUCAGAGAAAGGAUACCUACGAGCUCUUCAACAUCAGCACCAUCCCAGUGGCAGCAGCCGCAGAUACUGUCCGGCUUGAUCCAACCGCCGAAGUGGUCCUGCUUCCAGUUGAUUUCUUCGGCCGCUGCCGCGAGCAGUUCAGCUGGCUCCUCGUAGACUUGGUUCAAGUUUUGGAGCUCACCUUGAACCAGGGCUUUCGAAAUAUCACCUUGAUAGAGCCGCUUCUCCACCACGUGGUCGAGGAAGCGCUAUACACACAUCCAGAGCAGUGGGCAGAGCUCACGGCCAACAGGUCUCAGGAAGAUGCCAUGCGAGAGAUCUGUCAGCUUUCGAUGGACGACGAGACGUUUCGCUUCCACGAAGUCUUCGACGUCGGCCACUUCCGCAGCGAGCUUCGUGGUCUGGGUGUUCAGAAAACUGCAAGCUUUGAGAGUUUCCUGAAAGCGAACGGUGCAAUCGACACGCUGUUCCUCCUGAAUGCCGCCUUCCAGCCAGGAGGCGCCUGGGUGCAGAAGCUGUUUGCGGAGCCCCUCUUACACUGCGAGGACAACUCAAACUUCAACCGGGUCGUUCAAGUCUUCGACGGGCGCGAAAUCUUCGUUAAACGACUGAUUUGCUUGUCCGCGGGGACGAAUGGCCAGGACUCUUCCGUCGAGCUCGAUGGGCCAAAGUUUGCCCGGGAGCUGCUGGAGGCUCUCAGACAUGGACAUCGCCUUGCCUUUCAGCUCUAUUUCUGGAGUGGCCCAGAGCGGCAUCGCAUGUCGCUUCAAGCCAGUCAGAUGGCCCACGUUCCAUCCCUUUGGCGUGCCUUCAAGUUUCUUCCAGUGUUGGAAGAGCUCGCCGAUGAUACGAUUCGCGGAUUUCUGGGCGGCGCUGAGGUUCCCUUCGUGGUGGCGCACUGGAAAUGGCGCGACAUGUCGGCAGGAGGGCUCCUGGAGUAUUUCGACCAGAAGAAGGUCAAGGAGAUGGCUCAGGAGUCAAUGCCGGAACGGAUGCAUAUGGCCCUGCAGGAAUGCAUUCCAGAAGAGUUCCACUGUGCGAACCUUUUCGUGAUGACCAAUCUCCCAUCGACGUCGGCACCUUUCCAGGAGCUGCGGGAGCUACUCGGUCUGGGCUUCACUGUGUAA